UUGUUUACAAACAACUAAUGUAUUAGAGAAAAUCUUAUCAAAAUCAUUAAAUGUGACUAAAUGUUAAUUUUAUCAUCAUUAAGGAGGCUCACAUCGGUCCUAAGCGAAUGUAAUCAGAUUGUGGAGCGGUGCUGUCACCGUGCAUGUGGGCGCGGAGAGAUAAAACGGAGCGGGAGCAGUGUCUAUGUUACAGAGAGGUGUUGGCUGUGAGCGCCCAGCGGGACACAUGGCAGAGGAAAGCAACAAGCUGACACUGAGGCGCCUGGAGGCUCCGGUCCACAAGUUUAUUAAAGUGGCUCUACCCACGGACCUGGAGAGGCUGCAUAAGCACCACAAUAACAUUCUGAAGUAUCAACACAGCCAGCAAUGGGAGCGCCUCCACCAGGAGCAUAUUAAUGCCAGCAGAACCGUUCAGCAGCUGAGAGCUAACAUCAGAGAGAUGGAGAAGCUGUGCAGCCGGGUUCGUGCUGAAGACGCCGCAGCUCUAGAAGCACUUGUCAAGCCGGUCAGGGACAGAGCGUCAGUUGCUGCACAAGACUUUCUGCUUGUGCACUCCAACCCUCAUCCCACUCCUGUAUCGCCACCCGCCGCGCAGUCAUCCAGCUCUUCAUCUAGUACACACUGCCACGCCGUUGACGAUGUAGGUGAAGACGAGCAAGUGUUGAGCGAGCAAAUUCAGCUAUACCUUCCACAAAUCCCUCCUGAUCAGAGUGCAGCUGAGUCCUGGGAUAACCUGGAAGAGGACCUGAAGGAGCUGUGUGGUUUGGUGACAGAGUUCUCUCUGCUUGUACAUUCCCAGCAGGAGAAGAUUGACAACAUAGAGGACAACGUCAACACAGCCGCGGCCAACGUGGAGGAGGGGACCAAGAGCCUGGGGAAGGCGGUGGGUUACAAGCUGGCGGUGUUGCCGGUUGCUGGGGCGCUGCUGGGCGGUGUAUUAGCGGGUCCGCUGGGCCUGCUGGCGGGAUUUAAAGCCGCAGGAGUGGCUGCUGCUAUGGGAGGAGGCGCCCUGGGUUUUGCAGGUGGCAAACUGGUCCAGAAACAGCGCCGAGCUCAAGUGGAUGUAAAGAUGAAACAACUGACAGCACCGCCGGCAGAUGAACCAGAGAAAAGCAAAUGACACAGCUGUCCUUUGUCAUUGAGCUUCCUGUUUGGACUGACCUCAAAAAAUAAAACAAAAGCACAACUCAAAGACUUGACGUAAACCAAUGUUGCUGAGCAUUGCUGUUGGCCAACACUCUGUAAAACAAUUAUGUAACAGCCUUAAUUAAGAGUCAGAUGUGUUGUUCAGGUAUCUCUUUUGGGAUAUUAAAGUUAUUUAUACAUACAACUCCUUUGAACAAAGCAGUUAACACUACAGCUUCUAGUGUGGGCAGUGACAAUGCCGUAGGCACGUCUCCGUGCUGCUGAAGCAUUUGAUCAGCCAGUUCAUCACAACUAACAUUGUGUGGAAUCCCACUGCUGACCAAACGCAUGUGCAGACUUGCAAGUAUGUAUUUUCAGAUUAUGGCUAUGUCUUGUAUUCAUCUAUGCAGAAAUGCUGUAAAUGGAUAAGGGUCUGUUGGAAAUGAAGUAAUGUUGCCUUAAUACUUAAAAAAAAUUAUAUUAUCCUGCAAAACCUGCAGUAAAAGUGCCAAUGUCAAGAUUUAUAUUAAUGCUACUAAAUAAAUGUUUCUUUUCAACA